AUGGAGGAGGAGAAGCAGAAGAAGGAGAAAGAGGAAGGGAAGGAGGAGAAGGAGGAGAAGUACACAGAGGAGGAGGACGAUGAUUUCGAGUUCCUCAGCAGAUCCUUGAUAGAUGGAGACGGGCAUGCAGCGUUCUGCCUGGAGCUGAAGAGGAUCCGAUCGAAGUUGACGCAGUUCUUCGACCUUGAAAGCCUCAGGGUGAAAGUUCAGGAGGCAGACAAGCUCCACCACCAGAAUCGCUUCCUCUUCAGAAGGAUGCUUGUCACCAGCAGCAUCGCCAGGACCAUCGCUGCUGUCUACUGCGUAUGCGUAGCGAGAACCCUGAUGCACUGCAAGCUCCUGCUCCUGCGGAGAGAGCACAACCUCACUCAGACGUCCUUGUCCUCCUUUCUUGGGCUGGACCAGGACAGCAAUCACUUCCUGUCUAUCCGCUGGGCCGACUCGAUCUGCCAGGUGGUGCAGGAGGGAGUAGAGACUGCGUUCAAGGGUCUCUCAGACGAGCGUCUCCUCAAGUCGAGCAUGGAUGUGCAGGAGGUAGUGGGCAAGGUGAAGCAGUCCAUCCUUGUGGCGGCCGAGCGGAAGGGAUGGGGGACCGGGCUGAUCCGAACUCCGUCCCCCCUCGAGAGGGAGCUGGGAGGAGGAUGGCUGGGGCGACUACUGCUGGCGGACAACCGGUGGAGGAUGAAGGAAGGCGAGCGGGGAGCUGGAGUAUGCGACUUGGAGUGCUGGAUUGUGGAGGAGCAAGUCGAGCAGCUUAACUCAAACCUUGCCCUGAUGAUAGGAGGGCAUGGCUUUGACAGUUCGGCGAGUGGGGCGAUCGACGUGGGGCUGGACUUGCUGACGAAGCAGAUUUCAACUCGGUUGAGCGCUGGGCAUCCUGCUAGGGAUAUGAAGGGAGAGGAAGCCACACCGUCGAGAUCCUCCGACUCAGUCCCGUCAACGCCACAGGGCCACUUCUCCCUGCCUCCUUCGAACUCCUCCUCGUCGCUCGCCCAUCCUAUCACAAAGAUCGUCCCAGUGAUCUCAAACCAGUUUCUUGCCAUUCUUUGCACCCAUUUCAGCAGGAACAUUCGCAAUGCAAUGUACAAGAUCGAGAUCUGA